UCGGACGUCUGGAAGCAGGGCCGCUCCGCCAGGAACCAUGCCGCGUGGAAGCCGGAGCCGCACCUCCCGCAUGGCCCCUCCGGCCAGCUGGGCUCCUCAGAUGAGAGCUGCACCGAGACCAGCGCCUGCAGCUCAGCCACCAGCUGCGGCUCCCCCAUCUGCUGUUGGCUCACCUGCGGCUGCACCCCGGCAGCCCGGUCUCAUGGCCCAGAUGGCAUCCACUGCAGCUGGCGUGGCUGUGGGCUCUGCUGUUGGGCACACGAUAGGUCACACCAUCACUGGGGGCUUCGGUGGAGGAAGUAGUGCUGAGCCUUCAAGGCCUGACAUCACUUACCAGGAGCCUCAGGGAGCCCAGCCAGUGUACCAGCAGCCACAGCAGCAGUUUGGCCCUUGCCACUAUGAGAUGAAACAGUUUCUGGAGUGCGCCCAGAACCAGGGUGACCUUAAGCUUUGUGAAGGUUUCAGCGAGGUGCUGAAACAGUGCAGAUUUGCAAAUGGAUUAGCCUAAUCAAGAAGUUCAAAUUGAAGACACGGAAAAUCAUCUCUCAUGACCAAGUUAAUUUAGCAUAAAAAUAUAUAAUUAACAGUGAAUAUAUAAAGUAUAAAAUCACCAGUUAAGCCUUUCCAUCUUUAAUUACAGCUU